AUGUUUUUUAUUGUUUCAGAAUUCAAGUCUGAUGUUGGAAAGAAAUCUGUUGUAGAACCUAAAAAGACGUCUUCUAAUCUAUCCAGCCUGUUUUCUCCUGUUCCUGUUACAAGUGAUACUAACCCUGCUAUUGACAAAGUUGUGAAUAAACCUAAGAGCAGACUUAGUUCGUUAUUUGACCCUACACCUUGUCAACCGGAAACAAAGCCGGAGAAAAUCAAACCUAAGAGUUUACUUGGUUCAAUCUUUGACGACGUGGAUAAAUCUAAACCGGAACAGACAUCUAGCGUUGAACCUGGAGCUGUAUCUAGUGGUGAAUCUGGAGCUGCUGCUGAACCUAGAGCUGCAUCUAGUGAGAAACCUGUCACAUUAGAUCCUGGAAAGGUUGCGAUCACAAAAGUUUUCGAUUUUGCAGGAGAAGUUGUAAAGAUAACUAAAGAGGUUGAUGCUGAAUCUUCUGAAGCCAAAAAGUUUUUAAAGAAGCAGGAGGAAACCGGUCCUGCAACUUCAGGGAUCAGGAAAGGAGGACUAGCAAGUGUUGUAGGAAGCAUAGGGAAAAAGGUUAAGAUGGGAUGUCUAGAUAAAUCUAAGUUAGACUGGAAUCAGUUUGUUACAGAGGAAGGAAUAAAAGAGGACUUAGCCUCUCAUAAUAGAGGGAAGGAUGGGUAUGUGGAUAAACAAAUGUUCCUGGAACGGGCAGAUCUUAGACAAUUUGAGAUCGAAAAGGCGAUCAGAGAGAAAAAUAGAAAAUCACUCAUGAAAUAA